AUGGCAAUAAAAGUAGCUAUUCUAGACGACUACCAAGGCUUCGCACGCCCUCACUUUAGCAAACUCGACUCCAACUACACCGUGACAGCCUUCGAUGAUACUCUCUUACCGUACAACCACCCAGACACACCACAAGCCGUCAAAUAUGAGAUUGUUAAACGAUUAGAGCCAUUCCAAGUCAUAUCUACAAUGAGGGAACGAACGCCCCUCCCAGCAGAGCUGAUCAACCAGCUACCUAACCUCCAACUGAUCCUGAGUUGUGGCCAUCGCAACAAAGCAAUUGACAUGGAGGCCGCUCAAAGGCGUGGCAUACCCGUCACAGCGACCACGGAUGACAAACUUGGCCCAGUGGACAGUACCACCGAACACAUCAUCACCAUGAUUCUCGGAGUGACGAGAAACGUCGCGCAGAAUGACGCAGCUGUAAAGGCGGGCGGCUGGCAAACAACAUUUGUCACAGGCGUGUCAGGGAAAACACUCGGCUUAGUUGGUCUAGGACGCCUUGGCGGCUCUGUUGCACGCAUCAUGAGUCUGGCAUUUGGCAUGAAGAUUAUCGCAUGGAGCACCAAUUUGACUCAGGAAGCGGCGGAUGCGCAGGCCAAAGAGCAGGGAUUACCAGUUGAACAGAGCGAUGGCGAGAAGACGUUCAAAGCCGUCAGUCGCGAGGAGUUGUUUAGCACCGCAGACGUGGUCAGCGUUCAUUUAGUCCUGUCAGACAGGUCGCGGGGCUUAAUCACGGAAGCGGAUCUGUCGAAGAUGAAGCCAUCUUCAUUCUUUGUGAAUACGUCGCGGGGGCCAUUGGUCGUGGAGAAGGAUCUGCUUGAUAUUCUCAAGGCCGGCAAGAUUAGAGGUGCUGCGUUGGAUGUUUUUGACUUGGAACCGCUUCCUAAGGAUAGUGAAUGGCGGAAUUCGGAUUGGGGCACGAAUGGGAAGAGCCAGGUGCUUGUUACGCCGCAUGUUGCGUAUGUGGAGGAGAGGAGUAUCAAUGGGUUUUAUGAGCAACAGGUGGAUGAUUUGUUGAGAUGGUCUGCAGGGAAGGAACUGAAGAAGACGAUGUAUUAG